ACAGUCAUGUACGAACCUGUAUUGGACAACUCUCUUUCAACUUCGGUGAUCAAGCCCACGAAAUAUCCUAGUUUCACGCAGAUAUACAAUUUCCGUAACCUGGAUCUGGACAACAAUUUUUGCGAGCACAACAACAACAGAGAAGAAUGUCCUCCGGUCAAACCGCCCAGAAGGCACCAAAGAAGACUGAGCUUAAGGAAUUCGUUUUCAGGCGGUGAACACUCGAGUAAAAUGAAAAAUGGCGGUGGUGGAAAUAGUGAUUUUAUUGUGGACGUGGAUCAUAUAGAAAUUGGAUUGAGGGAUAACAGUAAGAAGACGGAAAGUAGUUAUAGUGAUGUAGGUGUGCAGACUACGCAUUUAGUGCCUUAUAGAUUAAGAUUUUGGCCUCGAACGGACUGUGAUUUUAAAAUAAGCCACUCGGAUGCGAGUUGUAUGCUGAAGUGCCAUUGCUGUAUGAAACUGGUCAGUCAGUGGAUACUGUCCCAGGUUGGACUGACUAUAAUAGUGAUUACUUGGGCCUUGUUAGGAGCAUAUGCCUUCUUCAAAACCGAAGGUAAUACCACAGUAAUACCAUAA